GACAUAAUUGCACUAUCAGAAGGUCCCCCCACAGAAUAUCUGGAUACUUUGUCAGCAAUGGAAUUAGCUGAGCAGAUCACUCUAUUAGAUCAUAUAGUAUUUCGAAGUAUACCGUACCAAGAAUUUCUUGGUCAGGGUUGGAUGAAACCAGAUAAGAUAGACCGGACACCAUAUAUCAUGAAAACCAGCCAGCAUUUCAAUAAUAUGAGUAACCUUGUAGCAUCAGAAAUUAUGAGCCACCCUGAUGUCACCUCCAGAGCCAGCUCCAUUGAGAAGUGGGUGGUGGUAGCUGAUAUCUGCCGAUGCAUGCACAACUAUAAUGGAGUGCUGGAAAUCACUUCAGCCUUGAACAGAAGUGCAAUCUAUCGACUUAAGAAAACCUGGGCCAAAGUGUCUAAACAGACAAAAGCACUUAUGGACAAGCUUCAAAAGACUGUCUGUUCGGAGGGCAGAUUUAAAAAAACCUAAGAGAAACUCUAAAGAACUGUAAUCCACCGUCUGUACCCUACCUGGGAAUGUACCUUACUGACCUGGCGUUUAUUGAAGAAGGCACACCCAACUUUACAGAGGAAGGCCUUGUAAACUUUUCAAAAAUGAGAAUGAUAUCGCAUAUCAUUAGAGAAAUCAGACAGUUCCAGCAGACACCAUACCGAAUAGAACACCAACCAAAGGUCACCCAGUUCCUGUUGGACACGUCUCACAUCCUGGAUGAAGACACCCUCUAUGGAUUAUCCUUAACAAUUGAACCAAGGCUCCCAGCAUGA